AUGGCGACCCAAGCUUCGCUCAAGCGUUCUCACGGGCUGUGCGCGUCCACCACUGAGGAGGAAAACAUCUCAAAACAACCUCGAUCAGCUUCUUCAAGCUCGUCCGGCUUGAUUAAGGCUUCUCUUCCUGUUCGCUUCCUCAUUAUGUCCGAUACUCACGAUCGACAAAACGAAAUCCUCCCGUCCACCCCGCAAAGCGACGUGCUCCUUCACUGCGGCGAUUUGACCGAGGAUGGAUCACCAGAAGCCAUCGCGCGGGCAAUUGAUGCAUUUCUUCAAGUUGAUGCCGAGCUGAAACUGUUCAUCGCUGGCAACCACGAGAUUUCGCUCGAUAAAGAGUAUUACCUUUCCGAAGGCGGCACAGAAGAGAAUCAUCUCAAAGCACGCUCAGCCAUCUCCAUACCGAGAAUCCGCUUUCUCGAAGAGGGAACACACGAGUUCACGCUUAAAUCUGGAGCACACUUCAAGAUCUUUGUGUCGCCGUGGACACCCAAGUAUGGCUCUUCAGCCUUUCAAUAUCGCAGCGACGAGGAUCGUUUUAACGGAGCGAAUAUCACUCCAUCGUGGGCGAGAAAUGUUGGCAAAGAGGAUUCAGUUAUACCCGAUGGGGUUGAUAUCGUCAUGACCCAUGGGCCGCCAAAAUAUGUCCUUGAUAAAACAGCAGAUGGCAGCAGUCCAGGAUGUGAACAUCUUCGCCGGGCGAUCGCAAGAGUACGGCCACGGCUGCAUUGCUUUGGGCAUGUACACAAGGGUUAUGGGGCACAGAGAGUUCGUUACGACAAUAAGAAGAAGCUGGCAGAAGAAGGUGACGAUCGCAUGGACUUGCUGCCUCAAGAGUGGGUAGGCAAGAAUCAAGCAAAGAGAAAGGGUUACGCUAGUCUCCCACCCAGCUCCGCUGAAGCUUUCAGAAAGAAUCAGGAGGAGACUCUGAUGGUAAAUGCUGCAUCCAUGGAUGACGAGAACGAACCGAAGAACAAGCCUUGGCUGGUUGAGCUGAGCCUUCCCAUGGACGAACGGGCGCAUGACUGUAAUCGAAGCGUGCAUGCGCCAGAAGCUUCGGGAUACCGUAGCGCCAAAAUGAAUAUGCAGCUCUGA